UUAUUUAUUAUCUCACUGGAACAUCUGCUACCAUCACUGCUGUUGUGAGGUUUAAUUAUGUCAUUAACUUAGGCAUUGUCCAUGACGAAAAUACAGACUGCUGAUUAAAUCGCUGCUCCCGACAACAGAAACCUUUCAACAUGGUAAACAAGCUGCAUAUUCUGGCCAACAGAGGGCGCAGUGUGGCAAUGAAUUGCUCUAUCUUCUGUCUGAGUCGAGAUCUGCUUAAAAACAAUAAGCUACAAACACACAGAUUUAUGUUGGAUAAUCUUCUUUUAACGUUACAAUAACAUCCCAAAAAGACUGAUGAGAUGUCAGGUGGCUUUUUGUUUAAAAUUUUAUGUUGAGAUGUCUGCUGAAGUUUGCCGUUAAAACAAACAAAAAAACAAAACAAAAACAAAAAAACGUAUAAUGUAGAAAGUAAAGAUGACUCAUGGAUGACAUCUGACUAUGUGUCAUUGUGUUUCCAGAGCCUCUCUAAUGGUAUUUUGGUGAAGGUCAUAUUCUGAAAAAAUACAUCAGGGCCUUAAAACCUGGGAAGCAAUUUGUUGAUAUACGCGUAAGAAAGAAAGUGCGUUAGGUUUUAAAAAAGAAAGUUGAAAAUUGGCUUUGCUAACUUGUCACAUUUUAUGUAAGACACUUUACUUUUUUCUCUGAAACAAAUGCAUAAAAUAUACAAAUUGGUGUUCUGCGGCAUAUUGUUGAAUAAGGAAAAAAUUGGGGAUUCAGCUCAGAUGUGCAAUUAGCAGAACAGCUUCUUCCAAACCCUGCUGCGUUUUGGCUGUGUGUAUUUAAAACUCUGACAAACAUCAUCACCAUUCGCCUGAUUAAAGGUCUGUGAGGUCUGAUUGUUUCCACUCAUCAUAAUCUCUCCCACAAAACUCUUGUUUGAUCCCACUUCCUCCGAGAUUAACACUUCUCAUGCAGGUACAAAGCAGACUGAUUGUGCAUCGCACAAAGCCAAUAAAAGCAUUGCUCAGAAAUGGUCAAAGCGGUCAUCAGUGUGCCAUGUCCCACCUGGGUGUCAACCACGAGCCUGUCAUCCGGCUGGCUGCACUCGCUCGUCCUUCAUGUUUCCAGCGACUCCGAGCUGGGCCACAGCCGAACGACGAUGGACGAGGACAGACUGAAAUCGGGGGAGCUGAUGGAAGUGAAGGUGGAUGAGGGUCCGGAUUUCACCCACCGCAAUUCACGAUCCCAGAUUGAAGACAGGGACCCCAACAGAGUCAACAGCAAUCUAAAGGUCAUGUUUGAGGACGUGAUUGCAGAGCCCCCUUCAGUGCGGAGCUUUGAUAAAGUCUGGCUCUGGAGUCACGCCCUGUUCGAGGUGUCCAGACUGUGGGGCUACCGCUUCAUCUCCCUGGUGCUGGCGGUGCCGGUGUCGCUGACCGCAGGGCUGCUCUUUGCUGUCCUCAGCUGCCUCCACAUCUGGCUGAUCAUGCCCGGCGUGCAGCUUCUUCUCAUCAGUAUGCAGUGGAUCCAGACGGUGUGGGCCAGCAUACUGAACAUUUUCAUCAGUCCUUUCUUUACCAGUUUUGGAAAGUGUUGUGGUCAAAUUAUUAUCCGCCUGGCGAGUGCUGAUAACAGAUAGAGUUAGUUAUUUAGUCAGUGUGAGCAACUAAGCAGAAGGUAUAAAAAAAAAGACAAGCAGUGAAGGAUUGCUAACUAUUUGCUGACAGGGAACUUGUAUCAUCUGUUGUUAUUUUGUAUUUUUAUGCACCUGUCAUGCUUUUUGGCAUGCCGACACAUUCAUCAACUUUUCCAUUCUGUAAUGACAUUGACGUAUGGACCCUCAAUGUGUAUUUCAACGCCCCAAAUACAAAAUGAAAAUCCACCAGAAGCACAUUUUUAAUAUAAAUGUAUAAUUUGCUAAAUUGCUUGCACAUAAACUGUGGUACUGUCAAGAAAAAAAUAUUCUGUUAUUUUGUUUU